AUGGCCGAAGACUGUGCCAACCCACUACUUGCCAAAUGGCUCAAGGAGUGGAUGGAUGAGGCGAAAGAGCGCAAUUCGAAAGGGUACAAAAAAGCCUACCAGUCAAUGAUUGCCUGUCCAUUGCGCUUCAAGCACCCAACCGAAGCCCAACAACUCAAUGGUCUUGGGCCGAAAUUGUGUGAUCGGCUGGCUGUGAAGCUGAAGGCCUUUUGUGAUGAGAAUGGCCUGCAAAUGCCCACCAAGGGCCGCAAGAGGGGGAGAGUGUCUGAGGCACUCAACGCGGAGUCUGCGGAGCUAGAAAAUCCUUCCCCUACUCGCAAACCCAGGAAGACACAAACAUACGUCCCAAAACUGAGAUCUGGCGCUUAUGCUCUGGUCAAAGCACUCUCAACCCUAGAUCAGGAAACGAACGAGGCCAUUCCAAAAGAUCGGCUCAUUGCCCUGGCGCAGCCUCUAUGUGACGCUAGCUUCACGGCACCAAGUGAUCCUACAAAAUUUUUCACCGCAUGGAAUUCGAUGAAAACACUGGAGAGCAAGGAGUUGAUAUGUACAAAAGGUCAUCCACUGAAGAAAUACUAUCUCUCAGAUGAGGGAUGGGAAGUUGCACUACGCAUGGACGCUGCAGAGAAUGGAGAACAACUCCCGCCCACUCCCAAACGAACGAAAAAGGCCCCAGUUCGUGACCGCUCGCUAUCCCUCGACUUAUCCCCAGAUCCUCCCUUAAGGCAACACCUACCUGCUGCAGUGAUACCGCCAGUCCGAGCGUCCCGUGCAGAGUCAAGAAAUGCUUCUGAAGUGGUGGAUCUGCUUUCAAGCUCCGAUUCUGAGUUCAACAGUGCCAGGGCCAUAAUGAAGAACUCGAUACCACGUCGUUCCCAGAUCCUCGAGCCAUCGGUCAUUCCCGGCACUGCAUAUGAGGACUUCAUCACCUUACCGGCAGGAACUUUCGAAGUUAAAAUGGUACUUGACAUGCGCGAAGUUCGCACAACAACCGAUCGCGACUACAUCUCUGGUGAGCUCAAAAAGCUAGGUGUCGUCCCUAUGAUUCGCUCCCUGCCUCUUGGUGAUAUUCUGUGGGUUGCAGUCGCCAGUCCACAGUAUUCAGAAAAGCUGAGAGCUGCGAGCAUUGCUGAUGGGGCGGAAGGUAAUCUCGAGAUUGUGCUUGAGCACAUUAUGGAGCGAAAACGCCUUGACGAUCUGGUUAGCAGCAUCAAGGACGGCAGAUUUCAUGAACAGAAAUUUCGAUUGCGCAAGUCUGGAAUCAAACAUGUCACUUACCUAAUCGAGGAAUACUCACUAUCAGCUGAGAGAAGUGACAAAUACGGAGAAGCCUUGGAGAGUGCCAUUGCCAGUAUGCAAGUUGUCAAUGGAUACUUCGUCAAGCAAACAGCGAAACUUGAUGACUCAAUUCAAUACCUCGCACAAAUGACCAAGACCUUGAAAUCGAUAUAUGAAAGAAAAGACAUCCACGUAAUUCCAUGCAGAGCACUUGAAGCAGAGACCGUCUCGAUAAUGUUGGACCGGUAUCGCAAGCUUUAUCCUGGUAUGACUCUUGGGAUGACCUUCCCUGUUUUUGGGGCAAUGUGCGACAAAUCGGACAGCACAACGCUCAGAGAUGUAUUCCUAAAGAUGUUGAUGACCACAAGGGGGGUGACGGGAGAAAAGGCGGUUGAAAUCCAGAAGAUUUGGUCAACCCCGCGUGCUUUUACUGAAGCAUACUCGGAUCGAGAUCGUGGCCCAGCACGAGACAAUUUGGUAAGCGAUCUCCUUGGUAAUGCUAUACCUCGGAAAAAGGUUGCCAAAACGCUGAGUGCCAAAAUCGCUGAGGUGUGGGGAUGA